AUGGCCGCGUUGGGCGGAGGAUGGGCGGACGCCUUGCGCAAAGCAGCGCAGGUCAAGACGGAACAGUGGCCGCCUUUUGAAGCGGCGUCCCCAAAGACCGAGCGUAAAUGGCCGGCGACCGCUUUCCACCUCACCAGCCCUUCAGGCUGCGCCGCUUCCGCGGCUUCCGCAUCACCCGCGCAGCCUCCGCACGCGCUUGGGGCGAAAACCGCUCCUGCCAAGGGGCACGAUUUUCUGCCUUCUGCCAAGCACUCUCCGCCCGCUUCCCCGAAUACUCCCCCGAUUCCCCGCGGCGGCGCUCACGCCGGCGCGCUUCCCGCGCGCGGAAAGGCGGCGGCGCAGGGCGGAGGUUCCGCCAUGCCCGCGCCGUCGGCGCAGGAGAUGCGCGCACUUGAGGAGGCGAACGCGCUGCUGACUGCUCUCUUCGGGCCGGGAGCAGAUCUCGCUGCGGUUAACGAGAGUCGUCGGAAUCCGUCAGAGAAACGGUUUUCGUCGGCUGGCAGCGCUGAACCGUCGCCGCGACCGGCAAAACCCGGCGAGAAACCCGCGAAGCCGCAAAACGAGCAGCGCUGUCAGUCGAAGGUACCCGCGAGCCCGCGCCCGCCUCCCGCGCAAAGACGCUCCGCUGGCGGCGCGGCGAAAAAGAAUUCCGCGCUCGGCGCGCAGUCGCCGAGAGUAACGGCUGUUUCAAUUCGGCCGGCUGAUGCGCCGUUUUCUGCUGCGGAAUUGCCAGCGCCGUCAAUUUUCUACGCCGGUCUCCCUUCCAGCGGCGCCGGUAGCGCAAAAGGCGGAGAAUCUCCGGUUGUUGCGCUGUUCGAAGGGGAGGCGACGUUCCCCGCGAUCAUGGCAGAGCUCUGGGCGCUCCAAGGCGGGCGCAGGGCGGACGGCGCAAAGGCUGCGGGUGCAGGCGCGGAGAAGCGGGAGCGACGCCAAGGCGCGAAGAAGGGGGAGCGGGGGGAGGAAUCGGCGGCGCAAGGGGCAGGCUCAACGUUGGCGCGGGGUCGAGGACAGGCGGAAGCGUACGAACAGGCGGGCAGUCCCCAGGAACCUGAGCUUGCCCCUUCCCCCGAAUUGCGCGCUCUGAAGGGGAGCGGAGCGGACGUUUGCGCGUCGCGCGGUGCGAAGCUGACUUCAUCCUCAAACGAGGCGGUGACACUUGGCGUUGAACGCGCGCCGGCCGCCAAUGCCACGUCACCAGUUGAAGCGGAAGCAACGGCGCUGCUCGAUAUGGUCACAAAGCUUCUGUCCUCCGACCAGAAUGUGACUGUAAGCGGGGGUGACUGUACCGAGAUGAUUAAGGGGACUGUAGAGAAGUUUAAGCAGGAGCUUCUGACGAAGCUUCCUGGGCGAGAUGUGGGGGAGGUGGCGGGCCGGGGACAAGGGGAAGGGGGGCCCGGCGCGGGGGGGGAUGGGGGGAAACGCGGGGUCGCGAUUGCGCGGAUGGCGCCGGUAAAGCUGGAACAUGGGGAAGAGGAGGGCGUGCGAGAGGGAGAAGAGCAGCAACAGGCUUUCCAGCCGCCUUUCCAGCCGCCUUUCUUGUUCACAGGGACCACCCAGUCUCGAGAACCGAGUGCCACCCCAGGCUCGGCGGCAGGCUCGGCGGCUGCUUCGGCAAGCGACUUCACAUGGGCUGCUGGACCUGCCGCCGCACCGGACUCCUCGCCAGCUGAUGCCCAACGCGCUGCAGAUUUCGCUGAUGAUUUCCCACUGCCGGUUCAUGCGGACUCUUGUCUCAAUGCUGCAGCAGCAAUCACAGAGCUACCCCUCUUCCCAGCGUCAGCAGCGGCCCGAGAAGCAGCCGCCGUCAUCUCAAGCCUCGGAACAGAGGGUAUUUCUAGUGUUGGCACCUCACCGCGUGUACGAUCCGCUAACUCUUCGUUUAGCAUGUCUGGGCGGUCGAUUAAGAGAGGUCGGGACGAAGGGAGUGUGAGCAUUGGGGAUUCAGAAGGCAGUUUGGGGGGUUUGCUGCUGGGUUUGGGGGAGUUGAGGGAGACGGGUGCUCCUGUGAGUAAGGCUGCAAGGCUGAUUCGGGAGCAGUGGGCUCGGAAGAGGGGACUGCCUCCUUUGUCCAUUCCCCCGCCGCUGGAUUUGCCAUCGCCUGAUCAUUCCCCUCCUGCGGACAUGAAACCGCAUGCCAAUAGCUCGUGGGUCGUGGGUCGUGGCUGUUUCUGGCAGGCGGAGCUGCGAGCGAGCAUCUUCGAGGUGAUAGACGACAAAGACAAGACGGCGAGCGGCGACGAGCAACGCGCCGUGAGAGGCGGCUGUAGCGAACAGGCGAAGAACCUGCACGACUCCAAAACGGGUCAUCUGCUGACGGCGCUGCUGUGCGAGUAUCUGGAGUGGGGGGAGAUGGACCAUACCCUCAAAGUGUACCUCUCGGAGUGUAACCUGCCGCCAGUGUACCCGCGCCGACCAAAGCUAGAGGACGAGCUCGGCCUGCCGUCGUCCAAUGCCAUCAUGACACCUGGCGGCGCUACGCGGCCGCUGCUGCACGAGCUGAUCGACGCCUACUUCACUCUCAAGGCGCAGGUCAAAUCAGGCGCCACAGGCACAUCAUCAUCCUCAUCAGGGGUGACGUAUGAGUCGACUCAAACUUUUCCAUGUGCGCAGGUCAAGUCAGGCGCCACAGGCACGUCAUCGUCGGGGGGUGGUCUGCUCUCUCGUGCCACUGCGCGCAGCUCCAGCCCCUCAGCAUUGCAUCUCUUCUCCCCCCUCAAAUCCUCCUUCCUCUCCGUCCCCUCCUUUCUCCCACCCCCUUUUUCUACCCUCCCCAGCCGAGAUCUCCCAGGAGCACCUCGCCCCUCACGCGUGGCUUCAGCAGUGCGUUCGGCCGCAGCAGCAGCGGCGGGGGCGAGCGCGAGCGGUCGUCCUCAGGCAGCCGGCGCAGCAGCAGCGGUGGCAGGGCAGUGCCUGAGCCGGCAUCGAGAGGCGAGAGUGACACCGAGAGGGGCGGCGGCGGGGGCGCGUUCUCGAAGCUGCCGAUCUCAUUGCUACAAGUCGCUUCCCGUUUUUUGCUGCGCGCCUCCGCUUGCGCGGAACGCAGUUCCCGCAAGUGGCAGCGGCGACGAGGAGAACCCGGGAGAGUUCACCGCGGUUUACCCUUCCGACUUGCACAUCGCCAAUCCUAAAGUAACCAGCACUGCAGACGAAACAGAGAAGCUUCGCAAGGACGAGAAGGAUCGCCAGAGGCGUCGUCAACGGACCUGCUGCUGCCGCAUCACAUGCUGGUCGCUUAUCGUCCUCACCGUCGUUAUCGUCGGAUUAGGCGUCGCAGGGCUCGUCGCAUACCUGACAGUCUCAAAGCAACAGCCGGAGGUGAAGGUCAAGCAAAUCAACAUCCUCCGCGUCGGCAUCACAAAAUCCGGCGGCGGGUUCCUGGGCCUCGAAAACUUCCGCCUGGGCCUAUCCGCGUUAAUAAACGUCACCGCGCUCGUGUAUAACCCCAACAACUGGGACGUGGAAGCGGAAAACAUCAGCGUGGACGUAAAAUUCUUCGACAUGAAUGUUACAAAUGUGACCAUUCCUGGCGUCGUGGGCAUGAGCAAGGGUGGGAGCGCGGAGUUGACUGUCCCCAUCGAUAUUGUCGAUGCGCCCCUGGCGACGCUGAGUCCCGCGAGCCUGCUGACGACGCCGCUGCUGCAUGGGCGCGCGGAAAUGCGGGUGGUGGUUGGCACUGCAGCGCGCGUGAAAUACUGGGGCAUCUCGUCGCCACGCGUUAUGGUGCAUGUGGAAUGCACGAUGCAGCUGGACCCGUUUUCCGCUAAGAAGUACAACGAGCAGUGUACUCCCAGCAUCUCUCUGUGA